UUUAUCAUCUUCUGAGUGUUAGCGUGGUCCUUGCGCAACUUCGAACAAUGAAGUACUAUCAGAACAUGUUAGUGCCUGUCGUCAUGCUCUGGACAUUACUGCUUACCAUACUUGUGGAUGCCAAGGAUUAUUAUGAAAUUCUCGGUGUGAAUAGAGCAGCUUCUGACCGGGACAUAAAGAAAGCAUUCAGGAAACUUGCCAUGAAAUAUCAUCCAGAUAAGAAUAAAGAAGAAGGUGCAGAAGAAAAGUUUAAGGAGAUUGCAGAAGCAUAUGAAGUAUUGUCAGAUCCAGACAAGCGAAAGCAGUUCGAUCAGUUUGGUUCAGAUGCCUUCAGUGGGGGUUCAGGGGGAGCUCACACUUUCCACUUCAACUUUGAUGACAUCUUCAAGAACUUUGGAGGCUUUGAUGAUGAUAGUGCAUUCUUCACAUUUGGAGGAGGAUUCCCUGGCAGUGGACAUGGGGGACAUCGUAGAGGACAUCAUAAUCAAGGACAUCAUUUCAAGCAGCAGCAUCAUUUCACUUUUGAUGACUUCUUUGAUGUAAGUCAAAAUUUUCAUACUAGAAACAUGAAAACAAAAUUCCAUCUAGGAUUUACUUUACUUUACAACAUUACAUUCCUGAAUAUUAAGGAGCCAAAACAGGGAGGAUUCUUCCAGAAUUUUGGCGGGUUUGAAGAUCCUCAUGUGUUUGGUGGGGUACAACUGAGGCAGGGGAAGGGGGAGCAAGAGAAGGAUAAUUUCUUGCAUCAGCUGAUCAAGUCAUGGCUGGCGAGCAAGACAAAGCUCAAUGCUUUUUUG